AUGGCCACCAAGCAGGACAAGACGCCCGACUUUAGCCUCAGCGACUAUUUGAAAUUUUUCAGUGCCGGAGCGCUGGCCGCGACCCUCACCCAUGGCGCCGCCACCCCCAUCGACGUCGUCAAGACGCGCAUCCAGGUCGAUGACUCCCUCAAGGGCUACAACAUGGUGCGCGCCGGCCGCACCAUCGUCGCCAAGGAAGGCGCCUCGGCCCUCCUCACCGGCUUCGGCCCCACGGCCGUCGGCUACCUCGUCCAGGGCGGCGGCAAGUUCGCCGGCUACGAGUUCUUCAAAAAGACCUUCAUCAACCUCGCCGGCGGGCCCGAGGCGGCCGUGCCCCGCCGCACCGCCAUCUACCUCGGCGCCUCCGCCACCGCCGAGUUCUUCGCCGACAUCUUCCUCUGCCCCCUCGAGGCCACGCGCAUCCGGCUCGUCUCCCAGCGCGGCUACGCCAACGGUCUGACGUCGGGCUUCCUGCGCAUGGCGCGCGAGGAGGGCUUCCGCGGCUUCUACUCGGGCUUCGUGCCGCUGCUCUUCAAGCAGGUCCCCUACGCCGUCGGCCAGUUUACCGUGCACGAGGCCGUCAACGAGGUCAUCUACCGCGCCAUUGGCACCGAGCGCAAGGCAAAGCUCACCCAGCUGCAAAACACGGGCAUCGAGCUGACGUCGGGCAUCGCCGCCGGUGUCGCCGCCGCCGUGCUCUCGCACCCCGCCGACACCCUACUCUCCGCCAUCAACAAGGGCGCCGGCGACCCCAAGCAGGGCGCCACCAGCCGCAUGUUCCAGCUCGCCCGCGAGUUUGGCCCUGUCCGCCUGCUCACCACCGGUCUGGCGCCCCGUGUCAUCAUGACUUGCGGUCUGGUCUCGGGCCAGUUUGUCAUCUACGCCCAAUGCAAGGCACUCACCGGCGCGCCGCCCGGCAUCGAGAUUCACAAGGAGGCAUCUCUAUAA